AUGAAUGUUUUGAGUUGGAACUGCCAAGGGAUCGGGAACCCUUGGACAGUGAAUGGGCUUAAAGGGCUAAUCGCCCUCAAUUCUCCCGAUGUUAUUUUUCUUUGUGAAACUAAGUGUACCGUUCAUGAGAUGACUAAAGUAAAGGUUGCAGUGGGAUUUCAGAAUGCUUUUACAGUUCCUUGUAGGAUCUUUCGACAACCUAAUGGGAGGCUGUCGAGAGCUGGGGGCCUUUGUCUACUAUGGAAGGAGGGUUGGGAUGUUGCUCUCAGUACUUAUUCAAACAAUCACAUAGAUGUCUUGGUCGGGUGUGUGGGUGAUAGAAACAGAUGGAGAUUUACUGGGGUCUAUGGCCAUCCUAAGGUGGAACAACGUUAUCUUACUUGGGAGCUUAUUAAAAAAAUAGGACAUAACAACGUUAGGCCUUGGUUACUUGGGGGAGAUAUUAAUGAGAUACUCAGAGGCUGUGAGAAGGAGGGGGGUCCUCCUAGAUGUCCAAGGCAGAUAGAAGCGUUUUCAAAAUGUGUAGAGGACUGUGGUUUGGCUGAUCUUAACUUCGUUGGACCCUGUUUCACUUGGAGGGGUAUUAGAGGGGGUGAGGAGAUUAAGGUACGUCUAGACAGAUUCUUGGCCAAUAGAGAGUGGAUGGACUUGUUUCUUUCUUCCCGGGUGAUACACCUAAAGCCUUCAAAGUCGGAUCAUCUCCCAAUUUUUAUUGAAGUCAGUACAACUCGCCCUAGAAAGAAACGAAAGAAGAAAAGAUUUCGUUUUGAAGCACACUGGCUCCAGGAUGCGGAAUGUGCCAAUGUGGUAAGGAGAGGUUGGAAUGAAGUGGAGGGGCUUAAUCCAUUCCACACUGUAUGCAUGAAAAUUGAACGUACAAGGCAAGCUUUAUGGGAUUGGAGUAAAGAAAAGUUUGGUAAUCUAAAAGUUGAGAUAGAGAAGGUUAGAGCUAUGCUCUCAACUUUUUAUGAUAAAUCAUUGUCGGCACCGCCUGAGGAAGAGAGACUUUGUCUUGAAGCAAAGUUAAAUGAUUUGUUAUUGCAUGAGCAUAAUUAUUGGAAGCAAUGUUCCCAGGUUAUGUGGCUAACGGAAGGCGAUCUGAACUCGAGAUAUUUCCAUCAGAAAGCUACUAACAGAAGAAGACGGAAUGAGAUCAAAGGGUUGUACAAUAGUGAAGGAGUUUGGUGUACGGAGGAGUCGGAGCUAGAAAAAAUCGUUCUGGGCUAUUUUGGUAACUUGUUUACAACAAAUCAUCCUACAAAUGUGGAGCUGUUCACAAACCUAUUCCCACAGGUUAUCUCAAAUGAGAUGAACUCCCAAUUAAUUAAGGAGUUUAGUGAGGAUGAAGUCCUCAAGGCUUUGAAGCAAAUGCACCCUAUGAAGGCUCCUGGACCUGAUGGCUUUUCUCCUAUUUUUUAUCAACGCUACUGGCCAGUUGUUGGCAAGGAUGUGACAGCGGCUAUUCGGUGUUUCAUGGGUUCAGAACAUCUGCUUCGUGAAGUUAAUGGUACGUAUGUUACACUAAUCCCGAAAGUUAAGGCGGUAGAACAUAUGCAGCAACUUCGCCCUAUAAGCCUGUGCAAUAAUGUCAGGAUGGAGAUCCAAGAGGAGCUUGCUUCUGUUCUCGGGGUGGAAAGGGUCGAUAAACAUGACAAGUAUCUUGGGCUUCCAACGGAAGUAAGUUACUCCAAGACAGAAGCAUUUCAGUUUAUUAUGGAGAAGACUAGAAACAAGAUGAAAGGUUGGAAGGAGAAAAUGCUCAGCAUGGCAGGGAAAGAGGUAAUGAUCAAGUCGGUGGUGCAAUCGGUGCCUACUUAUGUAAUGAGUUGCUUCGAGCUACCUAAACACAUGUGUCAGGAAAUGCAUCGUUGUAUGGCGGAGUUUUGGUGGGGAGAUUCUGACAAGGGCCGAAAGAUACAUUGGUUGGCCUGGGACAAGAUGUGUGCAACUAAGGAAGAAGGGGGGUUAGGGUUCCGCAACAUGGAGCUAUUCAAUCAGGCCCUUCUUGCUAAACAAGGGUGGCGGCUACUCAAGUGUCCUAAUUCCCUAUUGGCCACGACUUUGAGGGCCAAGUACUACCCUGAUGGGGAUUUCCUUAAUGCAAGAGUCAAUCCUGGUGACUCGUACACUUGGAGGAGUCUAAUGAAGGGAAGAGAUCUCUUGCACAAAGGUGUGCGUUAUCAAGUGGGAACAGGGUCUAACAUUUCUAUGUGGUUCGAUCCGUGGAUCCCCAGACCCCAUACUUUUAAGCCGUUCUCGGGGGUUAUGGAAGGUUUAGAGGGGCUGCGAGUGUCUGAUUUGAUAGACCCUGAGUCUAGAGAAUGGAUGCAUGAGUGGUUGGAGGAGCUCUUCACUGUUGAGGAGAUGGAGUUGAUUCGUAAAAUCCCCCUUAGUAGGAGAAGCCCAGAUGACCGCUUAGUGUGGCAUUAUGACAACAGGGGCGUAUACAAUGCGAAAAGCGGUUAUCAUGUGGCUAGAAGCUUCUCAACUCAAGGGUCGACGUCCCAGGGCCAUGCACAAAUGAAGGCAUUAUGGAGGACAGUUUGGCAUGCUAGGGUCCAGUCGAAGAUUCGAGUUUUUGUUUGGAGAUUGCUGAAACAUAUCAUCCUAACCAAAGCUGCCCUCAAUAGACGAUUUGGCUUGGCGGACCAGGUGUGUAAUUUUUGCAAUUGUGAUGUUGAAUCGGAUUUACAUAUAUUCAAAGAAUGCAACGUCAUUGCAUGUUUAUGGCUGUUUAGCCCACUUGGGUUACCUGCUAGAAAUCAUGCAGCAACAUCUUUGAAAGAGUGGAUAAUUGAUGUCAUUGAAUCUCUUAACAAGCAACAGGUGGAUAUGUUCUUUAUUCUAUUAUGGGCUAUUUGGUCAGAGAGAAAUAGAGGACGGCUUAAGAUCAAUCUAGAUGCAGCUUUUAAUGCAAACAGUGGGAGUGGUGGCAUUGGGAUUGUCAUACGGGAUGAUAAGGGCAGGUUCAAGGGAGCUUGGUCGCGAUAUAUGCCCUACCUGGGAUCAGCUCUUCAUGGGGAAGCUGAAGCAUGCAGAGCAGGACUUCUGCUUGCUGUUCACCAGGGGUGGAAAGAGGUUGAAGUGGAAAGCGAUUGUACUAUCUUAGUGGCCGCUCUAAAUCAUAAUGUGGAGGACAACUCUGAGGUGAGUCGAAUUCUCGAUGAUUGUAGAGAUUACUUGCAAUGUUUUGAUUAUUUCAGAAUUCAUCACAUUUAUCGUGAAGCAAAUAGUGUUGCUCAUAGGUUUGCUCACUUUGCUAGUUUAGAUCGUGUUGUGGAUCUUUCUUUAGUCGAGGCUCCUGACUUCUUACAGGAUGUCCCCUAUGAGGAUUUAUGUAACGCAACUAUGCACGCUCGGGGUACAGGCACUAUGGCUCGUAAUCGCCGAGCACGUAGGGAAACUCCUCCUAUUGAGGAUGAUGAACAGAUACCUAGGAGGUUUGCGGAUACUUUUGGGCAGUUCUUUCGACAGAUUGCUGCAGCGCUCCCCGGGUCACGUACCGACUACUCUGUGGAACGUGCUAGGAAGCAUGGGGCCCAGACUUUUGCUUCUGCCGCCUCACCUGUUGAGGCUCAGCGGUGGCUUGACAGGAUGGAGAGAGUUUUCUCUUAG